GUGCAAGAGACACAGCAGCAGAAAUUUCUUUUGCCAAUACUCUGGUUUCUGACUGUUUGUAAGUAAUGGAUUCAGGUGUGUGGUUCACGUUACUGGGUGUGUUGCUGGUGAUGACUGAUAUGAGCCAUUCCAUCCCAAAAGAAGCACUUCUAGAGAAGAGCAAACACAUUCUGGAAUCUCAUGAGGACUCAGAUGACAACAUAGUAGAAAGUCGGGGGCCAGUGGUCACUGAAGGGCAGAUGGAACAUUUAUUGGAGGAUCGUCUUCUGUUAGAAGUGCUGCAAGCUUUUCUGCAUGGUUCCCAGAGAUACGAACGCAACCCUUCAGUGCUUCACCAGCCUCAACGGUUUGGUCGUGGUGCUUGGAGCGGUCUGUCAGCAGAGACAGAGUGGAUACAGUCUCGGGACUGGGAGACAGUUCCCGGUCAGAUCUGGAGCAUGGCUGUGCCGCAAAGAUUUGGCAAAAAAUAGCACCAACCUGCCUCAAACAUUAAAUACAUAAUAAAGUAUACAACGAUGAGUUGGGUCUUUCCAUUCCUAUUUUGUCUGCAUUCCAGCAGAAUCAGUCAGCUCCUCUUUCCAUGUCAUCAACUGUGCCAAACUUCACUCUUUGGCGUUCAUCUUUAAUCAUUUCUUUAAGAGUGGUUGGACAUAUCUUUGUGAGGUUGUGUUAUGAUUUAUUUGUCUAUUACACCUCAUGUGCACUUCAUAUGUGUUGUGUUCUUUUCUCCCAGUUUAAACUAAUAUUAAUCUCUGCUUUUUAAAUUUUGUAAACAAUAAUUUGUCAAACAGUGUUGGUAGCUUAGUAGCUUUCUUUAAGAUGAUUAUGUGUGUCAAAUAAAAACAUACACUACUGGUCAGAUGUUUAGGGUCGCUUGACUGAAAUGUUAUUUUUCACAAUUAAAAAACAAAAUGUUUUGAUCUUGCAUUUUGAAAUAUUUGAAAUUAGACAAUUGUAGACGAAGAGACAAAAAAACUUUACU